AUGCCGCAAGCUGGAGGCUUUUCCCGUGCUGUUCCCCGUCGCAGGGAUUUCAGCUCUGCCUUUCGAAGAUUCCGCGGUGCGCGACGCCGUCGCGCGAUCAUCGCUGCCGUGACCGCAGCUGUCAGAGAGAUGUUUUUCGCCCAGGAGACGGAGGCGGAUCACAACAUGGGGGGGAGCCAACAGCCCCCCAUGUAUAAUGAUGAGGAGCUCGUCGACGAGUACCUGCGAGGCCAUGAGCGAGGCCUUCGCCUCGGCCUUCGCCGCGGCCACGAAAGUGGCUAUCGGCAAGGCCUGGCCGAAGGCUUCGCUCAUGGCCUUCGUCAGGGUCAGGAGAGCGCAUACGUGGCUGGGUAUAACGAUGGCGCUGCCUAUGGCAGCGACUGA